UAUACUUCAUUUUCACACCCCCAAAACUCCACAGUCAAAAUCUCUCUCUGCAUAAUUCUCCAAAGUUUAAACAUCUCAGUAACCAUUUCUCUAAUCCAAAUCACAUUUUCCUCUAUUGCAAAUUCAAACUCAGUGAUAUCAAGUGAAAUUAAACCCACAAAAUUUAUUUAAAUUGAAACCACAUGGAUCCUCCAUAUAGAUUCAUAAAAGAGGAGUUUCCUACAGGAUUCAAUGAUUCUCCAUCACCACCAUCUUCUAAUCUCUACACAACCUCCAUGGCCCCAAAUGAUCCAACAACAACCCUGAGCUCUCCACAACCAAUAGAAGGUCUCCACGAAUCAGGCCCACCUCCAUUUCUUACAAAGACAUAUGAUUUGGUAGAAGAUUCAAGAACCAAUCAUGUCGUCUCUUGGAGCCAAGCCAAUAACAGCUUCAUCGUCUGGGAUCCAGAAUAUUUUUCCAUGACUCUCCUUCCCAUCUUCUUCAAGCAUAAUAACUUAUCUAGCUUUGUUCGCCAGCUCAACACAUAUGGUUUCAGAAAGGUGAAUCCGGAUAGAUGGGAGUUUGCAAAUGAAGGGUUUCUUAGAGGGCAAAAGCAUCUCCUCAAGACAAUAAGGAGAAGAAAGACGAGUAACAAUAAUCAAAUACAACCCCCUCAAUCAUCCUCUCAACAACAAUCUCUAGACAAUUGUUGCAUAGAAGUUGGUAGGUAUGUUCUACAUGGAGAGAUGGAUAGCCUAAGGCGAGACAAACAAGUUCUGAUGAUGGAGCUGGUAAAGGUGAGACAGCAACAACAAAGCACCAAAAUGGAUCUCACACUGUUAGAAGAUAAGCUCAAGAAGACUGAAUCAAAACAAAAACAAAUGAUGAGGUUCCUAGCCCGCGCAAUGCAGAAUCCAGAUUUCCUUCAGCAACUCAUUGAGCAGAAAGAGAAGAGUAAGGAUACAGAAGAAGCAAUCGACAAGAAGAGACAAAGACCGAUCGAUCAAGGGAAAAGACAUGUGGUUUGUGUGGAAGAUUAUGAUGAUGGUGGUGGUGGUUAUGGAAGGUAUGGUAAGGAUGCUGGAUCCUCCUCGGCGUUUUUUGACAUGAAACAAGAAACAUAUGGAGACAUGUCAGAGUUAGACAGACUUGCUAUGCACAUUCAGGGACUUGGAGAUCAGUGCAAUAAGAAAGAUGUGGUAUUGGAUGUGGGAAAAGGAAAUGAAGAAGAACAGCAUAAAGAAAGGUACCAGGAUGAGAACAACGAGAUUUAUGGUGAAGGUUUUUGGGAAGAUUUGUUAAAUGAAGGUCAAAAUUUUGAUCUUCAAGGAGAUGAUGAAGAAAAUGUUGAUGUGCUAAUUGAGCAGCUUGGUUAUUUGGGUUCUAGUGGACACUAAUUUUAAAAAAAGGUACUUUGGCAUUUAAAUCAUCUUGUUUACUAUUGAAUCUUUGGCUUUGUUUCAGAUAGGUGUUUCAUGGGAUAACUUAUUGAACUCGGGUGUUAAGUCAUGUUCUUGUUUCUUUUGAUGGUUUUAGUUCUUGGAAAUAAAAUCGUUUCUUUAUUU